AUGCCAUGGCCCUGGUCGUCCUCUCCCUCCAGCAGGGACAAAGAGGGCAAAUCGCCAGGAUCAGGUGUUAGCACCGUCAGCUGGAACGAAUCACUGGACGUCAAGGACUGGGAUUACUACAAAGACCCGAGGACGUGGAUUCCGGCUUUCGUGAUCACGACGGUGCUCCUCGGCGGCCUGAAGCUUUACAGGACCUAUUUGCGACGCAUACCCAGCGUCAACUACGUGCUGCCGCACCACUACCACAAGAGGACCUUGUUUGGACGAGUCACGAGUGUGGGCGAUGGCGACGGCUUCCAUUUGUAUCACACGCCCGGCGGGCGACUGGCGGGCUGGGGUUGGCUGAGACCUGUUCCCACUGACAAGAAAAAGCUGAAGGGACAGACUAUUCCCAUCCGACUCGCCGGCAUCGACGCCCCCGAAGGCGCCCACUUUGGCCGUCCCGCGCAGCCAUACGCCUCCGAAGCACUCCAGUGGCUCCAAACGUCCAUACUCAACCGCUAUGUUCGCGCACAGGUGUACAAGCGCGACCAGUAUGAGCGCGUCGUGGCCACAAUCUACCUGCGCCGCUUCCUGUGCUUCCGCCGGGACAUAGGACUGGAAAUGCUCCGUCGCGGGCUCGCGACGACAUACGAGGCCAAGACCGGCGUCGAGUUUGGUGGAGAGGCUAUGGAGAGGAGGUACAGAGACGCCGAGGCCGAGGCCAAGAAAAAAAACCUGGGGCUGUGGAGCGCCCUGGCAGGGAAGAACAAGGGCUGGUUUGGGCUGGGCAAGCCCGAGGGCAAGAGUGAGGAGCCGUUUGAGACGCCGAGGCAGUUCAAGGACAGGAUGAGGGAGUCGGGAAAGGCUGAGAAUGGCGAGGCUAAGUGA